CUCUUCACCGAUUGUGCACCUGACUUGGUCUUCGUGCGCUCGAAUUACGUCGAUACCAUACCCAACAAUUCUCUUUGUCGUUGUACAAAUCCUCCCGUCGAUCCAACACUUGCCCGGACAACCUCAGCGACCGAGCGGCAUCUCCGUCACGAUAUUCCCCCAUGCAAACAUAGUAUAAUAGCCGCCACCUCGCCCUCUGGCUGUCUGGGUGAAAGAUAGCCUCAAACCACAGGCGCGAUGGGGCUCAUUGGCGGCAUCUCUCCUGGAGGGAGCAUUGCUCUCGGAAUAAUAGUCGGCUUGAUAUCCACGAGCGUCCAAAGUCUCGGCCUGACGCUACAACGAAAGUCACACAUACUCGAAGAUGAAAAGGGGCCCUACGAUGUUCGACGACCGCCAUAUCGAAGAAGGAGGUGGCAGGUAGGAAUGGGCAUGUUCAUCAUCUCCAACGUCGUCGGGAGCUCGGUUCAGAUAUCGGUCCUCCCUUUACCGGUCCUCUCGACACUCCAAGCGUCCGGCUUGGUAUUCAACUCGAUUUGCGCCACCCUCAUUCUCGGAGAACCGUUCACGAGGUGGUCACUAUGGGGAACCUUGCUGGUCUGCAGCGGCGCAGUCUUGAUCGCCAUCUUCGGAGCUAUUCCCUCGCCGGCGCAUAAAUUGAGCGAGCUGCUGGAAUUAUUGGGAAGGGGUCCCUUCGUGGCAUGGAUGGUGUUUCAGGGCAUCCUGGUGCUGGGCAUUGCGAUCGCGACAGAUGUGAUAGGCAACUUCACAAAGCUGAUGCAGCAUUCCCGGUUCCGCCUUGCUCGGGGUUUUGCUUACGGCUGCAUAAGUGGCAUCCUGUCUGCUCACUCCCUGCUGGUGGCCAAGUCAGCCGUCGAACUGCUCGUCAAGACUCUUGUGGACGGCGAUAACCAGUUUGUCCACUGGCAGUCCUGGGCCAUUCUCCUGGCCCUUGUCACGCUCGCUCUCAGCCAACUCUACUACCUACACCGCGGCCUGAAACUGGUUUCGACCUCGGUUCUAUACCCACUAAUAUUUUGCAUCUAUAACAUCAUCGCCAUUCUAGAUGGCCUAAUCUACUUUGAUCAGACCGAACUGAUCAGCCCGCUCCAGGCGUGCCUAAUCACCCUUGGCACCGUCAUCCUUCUCACCGGUGUCCUGGCACUAUCAUGGCGUCUACACGACGAACAACACACCCCCGGCGUUGGCCAGUCAACUCUUGCCCCAGGACUGGGCCUAGUCGAAGAUACAGAAGACGAAGACGACGAAGAAGCCCUCCUACUCCGCUCCGACAUCGAAGACGAGGAGGAACGCAUCGGCGUUCCCUCUCCACGCUUGUACAGCUACAGCACCUUCAGCACCAGCCAAUCCCGACUACCGGGCGACGGCACCUCUCAAGGCGGCGGGCCCGUCCUGGUGAUAGCACCACCCAAGCGCCAGCGUUCCCUAGCCGGCCAAUCGAUCCGCACCCUACCUUCCAACCGAUGGACCGAACGUGCCGAAAUCUGGGACGAGCUCGAAGACCGUGACACGCCACCCGACCACUCCUCCCUCUCCUCCCCAGCCUUUCUCUCCAGCAGCAGGCGCCGCUCCACCACUUUACCCGUUUCAAAUCCAGGCGAGGGUACCUCCCUCCUCCACCCGCGCCGGAGGGAAGUAAGCGAUAGCUACCAGUUCGCUCCGCCGCGAGCCGCCACCGAUCUCGCCUCGCCCCGACCACGAAAUUCCCGGAGACGCAGAAAGUCCACUGGUUUCCCGGGUUUCAUUCCCCGCAAACCGUCAGCGGCAACGACAGCACCACGAAAGCCGUCGUCAGGUGGUGGUUUGCAAGAUGUAGUCAGUGGAUUCCUGAGAGCAAGGUGGUGGAAGAAUAAACCAAAGACUACACUGGGGGUGCCAGGACUGAGGGAGGAGGCGAUAGUUGCUGCGAGGAAUAGGAUACAUGAAGAAGAGGAAGGGGAGGGGUUGUUGGAGGAUUAUCAUCAAGGGCAGGGUCAGGGUCAGGGUCAGGGUCAGGCGCAAGCGUCGGGGUCGGGGUCGGGGUCAAGUAGUGAGCGAGUGUCCCCAAAGAAUGGGAACGGGAGGACAGAAGAGGCGUUAUCACUAGAUGGCGCCCCCCAAGGGGAAGGGCCGUCGACAACAACAGGAGGGAUAAGGAAUAAUGGGAGGCGCAAGGUUGAUGAUUCACCGGUAUAGUACUAGACCAUGUGUUUGGUCUUGGGUUGGCGCUUGGGUUCUGGCUUUUUUAUCAUUUUCUUCUAUAGGUAGCAAUGGGGGCUCGGGGGGGUGGAUAUCAAUAAAUAUACCAGCAAUAGACAGACGUAUGUCGUGUUUCAGUCAGGUGCCGUCGUUCAAUCUAGCCUUGCUUGAUUAAGGACCUCUACUCUUCGUGUUG